ACUACUACUACUAUUACUACUACUACUACUUCUACUACUACUACUACUACUACUACUACUACUACUACUACUACUACUACUACUACUACUACUACUACUACUACUACUACUACUACUACUACUACUACUACUACUACUACUACUUCUACUACUACUACUACUACUACUACUACUACUACUACUACUACUGCUGCUGCUGCUGCUGCUGCUGCUGCUGCUACUACUACUACUUCUAUUACUACUACCUCUACUACUACUGCUACUAAUACAACCACCACUACCAUAACCACCUCCCAUAGCCACAGCAACAACUACCCCUACAAGUACAACUACCACUUUCAAACUACCACAACCACCCCAACCACCACAACCAAAACCACUACAACACCACCAUCACCAAUACCACUCCUACUACCACCACUACUGCUACCACCGCUACUACUACUGCCAUCACUAACACCACCACCCACUACUACCACUUCUACUUCACCACCACACUACCACACCACUACUAUCAACCUCAACACAACAACCCCCACCACCACAACAACCACUACUACGACCACAACCACAACCACAACCAACAUUACACUCACCACCACCACCAUUACAACCAACAUCAACACCACCAUAACCACCACUAUCACAACCAUCACCACACCUACCACACCACCAAAACAUCCUCAACACCACUACCACAGCCACCAAAGGUAUCACUACUAUAACUAUUACUAUAACAGCCACCACACCCAUCACUAUCUCCGUUACCACAACAACCUUGAUCCCCCUACAAGAACCACCUGAACCACCAUCACCACAACCAUGACUACUACCACAAGCAGUACCACAACUACCACCACCACUACCACAACAUCCACUACCAGCACCAUAACAGCCACCACAACUACUACCACCGCCACCAUAUCCAACACCAUUACUACCAGAGCCACCAGCUCCACCUCCACCUCCACCAGGGCCAUCACCGUCACUAACGCUAUCACUACUAACAAUUCAACUACCACCACUUCCACAAAAACCAGCACCACAAUUAGAACCACCGGCAUCACUGCCGCUACCACAACCACAACCACUACUAUUACAUCAACCAAAGCCAAAACCAGCAUCAACACAAUUACCACAACCAGCACUAACACCACAACCACAAUAACCAUUACAACCACCAUUACCAAUAAAAUUAAUAUUUCUACUAUUACUACCAUUACUUCUUCUAAUAAUGACAACAAUAAUGAUAAUUAUUAUAAUGACAAUAACAAUAUAAACUUAUCCUUAAAUUUUAACCAAACUUUGUUCCUUCUUGGGUCAAGGGCUUAUAACAGCUUGAAAGCAGUGAAAUUCUUCAUCCCUAAGCUGAUAUGCCUAAGCCAUACUUACUUGACUACUGGAGUAGACUUUCUCAAGGUCUGGUUCUGGAUGGAUGUGUUCUUUAAGUACCGAGGCAUGGCAAGCGGAUCACCUUGCGUGGUGUCCUGUGACAAAUGA